AUGGAAGAAUUUAAAAAUUUAAAAGAACAUUAUGAAAAUAUUGGUAAAAAUAUUAAUAUGAGAAAAGAAUUUGAAUCAAAUUAUGGUGCUACAAGAUUUAAAGAUUUUUCAAAAGAAGUUAAUAUUUCAAAACAAGUUGGAACUAUAUUAUUGGAUUAUUCAAAGAAUAGAAUUAAUAAAGAGACAAUGGAUUUAUUAUUUGAAUUAGCACGUGCAUCAAAAGUUGAAGAAAUGCGUAAUUCAAUGUUUCAAGGUGAAAAAAUCAAUAUAACCGAAGAUAGAGCAGUACUUCAUACAGCAUUAAGAAAUCGUGAUCCAUCAGCAGUCAUCAAAGUCGAUGGUGAAAAUGUUAUUCCAUCCGUUAGAAAAGUAUUGGACAAGAUGAGAUCAUUUAGUGAACGUGUUAGAUCAGGUCAAUGGAAAGGGUACACUGGAAAGACAAUAACCGAUGUUGUAAAUAUUGGUAUCGGUGGUUCAGAUUUGGGUCCAGUUAUGGUCACUCAAGCACUUAAAAACUAUGCCAACGAUAAAGUUAUGAGAGCCCAUUUCGUUUCAAAUAUUGACGGUACCCAUUUAGCAGAGACUGUAAAACAUCUUUGUCCAGAGACAACAUUGUUCAUUGUUGCCUCUAAAACAUUCACCACUCAAGAGACCAUUACCAAUGCUCAAAGUGCACGUAGUUGGUUCUUGGAGAAGAUAGGUGGUUCAUCAGUCAGUGCCGAUGUCCAAAAACAUGCAAUUGGUCAACAUUUUGUUGCUUUAUCAACCAAUGAACAAGAGGUGACUAAAUUUGGAAUUCUAAAGGAGAAUAUGUUUGAAUUUUGGGAUUGGGUAGGUGGACGUUACUCUGUUUGGUCAGCUAUUGGUUUAUCGGUUGCAUUAUACGUUGGUAUGGAUCAUUUUGAGAGCUUUUUAGAGGGUGCCUAUCAUAUGGAUCAACAUUUCCUCAAUACACCAUUGGAAUUGAAUUUACCAGUGAUUAUGGGUUUAUUGGGUGUUUGGUAUAAUAAUUUCUUUGGUUGUCAAACUCAAGCCAUCUUACCAUACGAUCAAUAUUUAUCUCGUUUCCCAGCAUACUUUCAACAAGGUGAUAUGGAAAGCAAUGGAAAGAGUGUACAAAGAAAUGGUGAACGUGUCACUCAUUCAACUGGUCCAAUUAUUUGGGGUGAACCAGGUACAAACGGUCAACAUGCUUUCUAUCAAUUAAUUCAUCAAGGUCAAAAGAUUAUACCUUGCGAUUUCAUCGCCUCGGUCGAAUCUCAUAAUCCAUUGGGUAAACAUCAUCAAAUUCUCCUUAGUAACUUUUUCGCUCAAACUGAAGCUCUCAUGAAAGGUAAAAAUGAACAAGAGGUCACCAAUGAAUUAACAAAGGAAGGUUUAUCUCAAGAAAAAAUUAAACAAUUACUCCCUCAUAAAGUUUUCGAAGGUAAUCGUCCAACCAAUUCAAUCUUCCUCCAUAAAUUAACUCCACAUAGUUUAGGUGCUCUCAUUGCCCUCUAUGAACAUAAAAUCUUUGUUCAAGGUAUCAUUUGGAAUAUUAAUAGUUUCGAUCAAUGGGGUGUUGAAUUAGGUAAACAAUUGGCUAAAUCAAUCUUACCUGAAUUAUCUGAUAACAAUGAAGUUUCAACUCAUGAUAGUUCAACAAAUGGUUUAAUUAAUUUUUAUAAAUCAAAUUCAAAACUUUAA